CACCGCCCCCCCCUCUCGGCAUUGCGGAAGUGUAACUUGUUGAAGUUCUUCCCAGCUGACAACCGGACAGUUCUCAUCCUGCAGCCACUGUCACUGUCCAGCAACAGACAACACUACCCCGCAGGGAUGUCUCUGUCUUUCGAGGGAAGAGUCGUGCUCGUCACCGGGGCCGGAGGAGGCCUUGGCAGAGAAUAUGCCCUGGCUUUUGCUGAAAGAGGCGCCUCAGUUGUGGUGAAUGACCUUGGGGCUGACACUAAAGGGGGUGGAAAGAGUUCUGCAGCGGCUGAUAAGGUGGUGGAGGAGAUAAGAGCAAAGGGAGGCAAGGCCGUGGCAAACUACGAUUCUGUAGAGUACGGAGAAAAACUGAUCCAGACAGCGCUCGAUGCAUUUGGAAGAAUAGACAUUGUUGUAAAUAAUGCAGGGAUUCUGCGUGACCGAUCAUUUGCCAGGACGAGUGAUUUGGACUGGGACCUGAUUCACAGAGUUCACUUGAGAGGCUCCUUCCUGGUGACCCGAGCUGCCUGGAACCACAUGAAGAAACAGAAGUUUGGCAGGAUCAUCAUGACGACUUCAGCCGCAGGAAUCUACGGCAACUUCGGCCAGGCCAACUACAGCGCCGCCAAGCUGGGCAUGCUGGGCCUGGCGAACACCUUGGUCGUCGAAGGACGUAACUACAACAUCCACUGCAACACCAUCGCUCCCAUUGCCGGGUCACGCCUCACAGAGACCGUCAUGCCCCCAGACCUGGUGGCAUCUUUGAAGCCUGAGUAUGUUGCUCCCCUGGUCCUCUGGCUCUGUCAUGAUCAGUGUCAAGAAAAUGGAGGACUAUUUGAGGUCGGUGCAGGCUGGAUUGGUAAAUUGCGCUGGGAGCGUUCUCAGGGCCACAUUGUGAGACAGAAGAACCAACCCAUGAAUCCCGAGGCCGUCAGGGACCAGUGGGACAAAAUCUGUGAUUUCACAGACGCCACCAAGCCGACGAGUACACAAGAGUCUAUGCUGUCAUUCGUGAGUGUGCUGUCUCAAGUGGAGUCGGAGGGAGGAGUUGAAGCAAACCCAACAGCUGCUGCAGCCUCGACUUCAGGCAUCAACCCUGCUGAGGCAGUGGGACAGAAGCUUCCACCGACCUCGUUCAGCUUCAACCACACACAGUGCAUCCUCUACGCACUGGGGGUCGGCAUGUCCACCAAAGACCCAGACCAUCUUAGGUUCCUGUACGAAGGCCAUCCAGACUUCAGCUGCCUCCCCACCUUCGGGGUCAUACUCUCCCAGGCAGUCUUAAUGGACGGUGGACUUCUGUCAGUCCCUGGAAUCAACAUAGAUCCCACACAGGUGUUGCACGGAGAACAUUAUCUGGAGAUUUUCAAACCUCUGCCAACCUCAGGUCCACUCACCUCGGAGGCCACCAUAGCAGACAUUUUGGACAAGGGCUCCGGAGCCGUCAUCCUCUUCGAUGUCAACACCUACCAGGACAAGGAGCUGUUGUGCUACAACCAGUUUUCAGUCUUUGUGGUCGGAGCUGGAGGCUUCGGAGGGAAGAGAACCUCGGAGAAAGCCAAAGCCGCUCUGCCAGCACCUCAACGGGCACCAGACGCCGUUGUGAUCGAUUCGACCACGCGAGACCAAGCCGCCUUGUACCGUCUGAGUGGAGACUGGAACCCUCUUCAUAUAGACCCCAGCAUCGCCGCCAUAGGAGGCUUCAAGGCCCCUAUCCUGCACGGCCUGUGCUCAUUCGGCUUCGCCGCGAGACACGUGCUCAAGCAGUUUGCCGACAACGACCCCUCCAGGUUCAAGGCCGUCAAGGUUCGCUUUGUGAAGCCGGUGACGCCCGGUCAGUCGCUGCAGACUGAGAUGUGGAAGGAAGGCAACAGGAUUCACAUCCAGUGCAAAGUGAAAGAGACCGAUGCCGUCGUGCUGUCGGGGGCCUACGUGGAUCUACAUCCUGCACCAGACGCUUCUCCACAAACUCUCACUCAAGGAGGGGGCCUGCAGAGUGAGCUGGUGUUUGCAGAGAUCGGUCGUCGCAUCAGUGACACGGGCGCCGAGUUGGUCAAGAAGGUGAGCGCUGUGUUCGGCUGGGAGAUCACCAAAGACGGCAAGAGCGCUGGACAGUGGACCAUUGAUCUGAAGAAUGGCAGCGGCUCCUUGCAUAGCGGCCCUUACAGCGGGAAGGCAGACGUGACCUUCACGGUGUCGGAUGAAGACUUCAUGGCGGUGGUGCGGGGGACACUCGACCCUCAGAAGGCGUUCUUCUCUGGCAAGCUGAAGGUCAGAGGGAACAUCAUGCUGAGUCAGAAGCUGGAAGUCAUCCUGAAGGACUACGCCAAGCUGUGAGCCCCCGACAGGCGGCCACACGACCGACCAGCGCUUCUCCGUCCGUCUACUUUUAUUCCCCUGAUGUCACGUGUGCGUACUUAACAUGAUUUGCCUCUAAAGAAAAAAAGAUGCCUACAAAAGACCCCGUGUGAUCAGAACAGAUCAAAACGUUGAUUGGAUUAAUGCAUUUCUCUUACAGAUAUUUAGCUAUUGGAGAAUCAAUAAUGAGUUUAAUUUUGUACGUCUUUGCUAAAUGUGCACUGAGGACAACUGCCUUUAAAGAUCCUAAUAGAAAAGCACCUCCUUUGAAUUUUUAUCACUGUACAUUUUUAAAAAUCACUGUAUACUGUAUAAUUUAUCUUGAUUUUGGUCAGGAUACAAUAUUCUGUUUGUGUGAAGAACCACAAUCUAGUUAUUUCAUUAUGACUGAAUGACCGUAGUCUGAGAAACCGUUUCAUGGACCUGACAUUGUGAUCACAAGAUUAUGACGAAGAGUAUGUGUUUUCGGAAAAAAAAAUCAAUCACUAAAAUGUAAUAUAUACUUUCAUUCAAGCGGCUACAAUUGAUGUUUUCUCACAGAAUCUAAAACAAUGUGAAUGUUUGAACUGCGGUCGUGUUUUCAAAAAUUACAAAACAUCUGCUCAUGUUACAUAGAUUUGUUUUUAUUACAUAGGUACAUUUCUUAUAUAAUACAUUGAUUUACACAUUUUCAUUAUAAAAUUAGAAUUAUCUGAUCAAAUUCACAUUUGCAAGAUUGAAGGGGAAGAAGUUGAGUGUGAUGAUUCGCUUCUUUCUGAUUAAGCAGUGAGGAAAAAUAAGCAAAAAAAGCAUUUUAUUUUCCAGUUUUUGUAGGAGCAUAUCACGUUUGACUUUGAUAAAGUUUGACUUUCAUCCUCCAGUUACUGUAGAAGUACACAUCACUCCCCAACCUCUGAUUUAUGGGGGAAAACAAAAAAUCCUAAUUUUGUUGUAAGAGCUCUCGAAAGGGAAGGAAAUGUCAACAAACAAAAAUUCAACAAGAAAGCAGAAAAUACGAUGACCUUUGAUCAAUUAAUCGAUAAACCUAUAUAUGCACAUAUUUCAUAAAUAGACCUGUAUUUGUUAAACUUAUAUUCUUCAUAAGAAAAGCUUAUUGUCAUCCUAACCCCUCUGUUCAUCUACGACUAGUUGUUGUGACUAUGCAGUUUAAUACGAGAAGCCUUGUGUACGGUGUCUAUGUAUAUACAUAACUGCAAUAAAUCAGCUUCAUCUGA